AUGGGCCGCAGAGGCCUUAGACCGCACAAGACGCGCAGGCCUCCCCCACCUAGGUUCGCACAGCGGUCGCCUGCGCAAGGCGCGCCCCUCUCGCGCGCAGAGGCGCUGGGGACGCUGCUGGGGGGGGUGGGCGCAGCGGUGAUGGCGCUGGGGGGAAGUGGGGGAGCUGGGGGGGGUGGGCGCAGCGGCGUGGGAAGUGCUUCUGGUGCUGGUGCUGAAAGCAGCAGCGGUGGUAUUGGUGGUAACGGUAGUGGUGACGGUUUUGGUAACGGUGGUUUCCUUGGUCGUGGUAAUGAUGACGAUGAUGCUGUGUCUGUGCAAGGGGAUGUGGCAGCACUGCUAGCAGCAGCAGCAUUCGUGGUAUACGUGUGGGUGGGAGGGAGAGUGCGCAAGUCCCUCCCCCUGCAUCUCUACGCCCUGUCUGUGACUGCAGCUGCUGGAAUCAUGCUCGCUGCUGCUGCCUGCCUCACACCCCUCAUAGACCCCUCGCAUGCCUGCCCUCCCCAUGCCAGCACAGCACAUGCUGCUGCUGCAGGAACACCCCUAGCCUGGCUCUCUCCCCCGUUCCUUGCACCCACGCUCUUCCUCGCCCUGGGCCCAGGCUACAUGGGCCACACAGGCCUCAACGCUCUCCUGCGCUACACCACGCCUCUCGUCAUCGCCAUUGCAAUCACCGUCGAGCCCCCGCUUGGCUCGCUCAUUGGCUGGGCUAUCGGCCAGUCAGGUGCUCCAGAUGCUGCAACGUGGGUUGGGGGGGCGCUGAUGGUUGGGGCGACGCUGUGGGUGGCACUUGAAGGCGAGCGGGCGAGAGGGCGGCAGUGA